UCAUGUGAGCGUAAACCAGUGGAAGCAAACGCUUCAGGAACCGGAAGUUGUUUUCUCUCUCAGAUGACAAGUUCCGGUUGGGCAAAUUUGAACGCAGCCGGUGGUUUAAAGUUCUGCUCAUUUGAUUGAAGUAGCGAUAAAUAAAACUACAUUUUAUGAGGAGAGUGAUGUGCUCGGCUGCUCAGUAGUUUUCCAGACUUCAUGCGGCGAUGGAUCCCGGCACUGUAUCACUGUUUCAGAGAGUGUCCGAAAAGCUGGGCUGGGACAGAGAUGGAGGUCUCGAUCAAGCUGAAGCGAAGUUGAGGAAGAGCUUGAAGAAGAACAGCUGUGACCCGGAGCACAGACCGCUGUCUGACUCUGACGCCUCGGGGAGAGACAAGCAUGUGCUGCUGACCUCAGACGAGGAGGAACUGGAUAAGUUUCUUGCUGCAAAGGCUACCCCAAAAUCCACAUUUAAACAGUCCACAUUAACUGCCCAGAAACCAAGAGAACCAAUUCCAGUUCUGUCUUCAGAUAGUGAUGAUGAAUUUGAAACAUUUUUAAAUCGAGUGAAAACCCCAAAGGCUAAACUCCAUCUGCGGUCUGUGAGUAGCAGUGAUGACAGUUUGAAGCGCUUCAUAGUGGACAGCAUGUCAUCUGAUGAGGAUUUUGUCAUUGAGAGGAAGCCUUCCAUUAGUAAAGGGAAAGCCAAGACUGCUAAGACUCCCAAAUCAGUUCAGAAGACCGAGAAACCGCCUCCAUCUCUCUGUGACCCUCCUGUCUUCCUGAGCGACAGUGAUGAUGACCGAGACGCUGUUAUCAAGAGCACCUGGAGGACCAGACACAGCCGCCCACCUUCUGAGGAACAUCAGGCCACGAGUGCAGGCAGAGAGGAGGAAGUAAAGCCUUGUGUGCUCCGGCCAGCAGUCACUGUGAUGACACACGGCGCUCCAGACGACUCGUGCAGCUCUGAGGAGGAGUUCCUGUCCUUACUGGACCGGGUCAGACAGAAUCAGAUCCUGGGAGGCAGAACACAUGCAAGCCCGAGGCCUCCUCCAGAAUCCGAACCACGACCUCCCUGUUUGUCGCCCCCGUCUGCUGUGAGUAAGACCGCUGCUGACCUCGUACCAGUUAAAGGACGGUCGAUGACCCACACCCCAGUGCAGACGCCCCGCAGCAGACCAGUGAGCCAGACCGAGCCCAGAGCUGCGCCCCACAGCAGGGUGCUGGUGUGUAAAACUCCCGGCUGCUUCCUGCAGUCCCUGUCUGUUCCUGGAUCGCCGUACAGCCGCAGCUUCAAACUCAACAAAGAGGAGCUCACUAACAAACUCUUCCAGCUCUACAACACCAGCGUGUUUGACAGUAAGCUUCCCGCUGACAUGUCUGUCACGUGGAACAAGAAGAUGCGCAAGACAGCAGGAUAUUGCAUCUCCGGCCAGGAGCGUGGCUCUGGGGAGCGAUACGCCCGCAUCGAGCUCUCUGUCAAAGUUUGUGACUCCGCAGAUCGGUUACGAGAUACAUUAGUGCAUGAAAUGUGUCAUGCUGCCACGUGGCUAAUAAACAGUGUUCGUGACGGGCACGGGCCGUUCUGGAGGCUGUAUGCUCGUAAAGCGAUGCUGGCUCAUCCUGAGCUACCGAUGGUGUCCCGCUGCCACAGCUACGACAUCAACUACAAAUACAAGUAUCAGUGUAACCGCUGCAAAAACACGAUCGGCCGUCACUCGAAGUCCCUGGACACCUCAAAGUUUGUGUGUGCUUUGUGCACUGGGCAGCUGGUGUUGUUGACCCCCUCAAAACCGCGGGCGCCCACGGCCUUCGCCUCCUUCGUGAAGGACAACUACAGCUCGGCGAGACGGGACCUGGCAGGACAGAGCCACGCUGAGGUCAUGCGCAAACUCAGCGCCGACUUCGCCAGCAAAACACGUCUCAGUCAGAGCUGAUCUCUGAUCAGACACACGAGUCACAAAUACCUCAAACCAUCAUGACUGCUGCAUCAGUUUGAGUUCUGUUCACAUGCAGAGUCAACUUACAG